UUGUUUAUUUUAUCUGUGUAUUUUUCUAUUUUAUUGUUCAGUAUCUGGACUAUGUUAAUGAGAUAUAACAUGCGAAUAGUUAAAGUGUUUAAACAAUGCCUGAAUAAUAUAUAUGUGAUUAAAUAAUGGGUUUCUAUAAGACAUGCGGAACGUUAUUUUGUGGAUUAAAACAUGACAUGCUUAAUUAUGCACCUUGCCCACCUCCAAUGAUGGAGUAUAUUAACUUUUACGAACAUGCAUUGAAAAGGAAUCUGAGUCACGUGGAAGUUUGUGACAUAUCCAGACGGUGCCGUUUGAAUGAAACUCUUGUCGACCAAAAAUGUAUCACAACAACAACAGGGACAACAAAUGAAUGCAAUGUCGUGUGUUUGAUAAUAAUUUUGAUACUUGUGUUCGUUCCCAUUAUAAUACGGAUUAUAAUGAUAUUAAGGAGAACAAAAUGUAGAAAUGAGAAUAUUAGAAAUGAACCGGAGCGACCAAUGGUGAAUAUCGCUACAAUCGACUGCAGGUACAAAAGUGACAAGGACUUGCAUACAUCAUCUUCAAGAGAACACAGAUAUACACCAGAUGAGGUAGGACAUAAGCCAGGGCAACACAAUUUAUUUACAUUGGAAAUUGAAGAUGAUGAAGAUGCUGAAGAUAUGUUUAUCACUCAUUUUUGACAUUCACUUUUCCACAAAAAAACCUGUACGAGGAUGGGUCAAUAUAUAAUGCAAUAGGAAGUAUAGUUUUUAAUUUAGCUCUUUAUUUUUGGGUUUAUAUAAACUAUGUUAUGCUUCAAAGUAUCUGUUUUUCAAUGAUAUCAAAACCAUGUGUGCAGUCAACCGAUUAAGAAUUUUAUUUACAUUUAAAUAUACCUUACACGAGUAGUUUCAUGUAAAAUAUGGCAUGUAAACGCUCAGUUAAAAGAUCUGAAAUACGGGCUUUUUUAAAAGCUCAAGCAAAAGUAGGAAAAUCUGCUAUAGAUGUUUUGAAUGGCAUUUGUUAUAUUCAUGACAACAGUGAAAUUCUUAUGCAACUGUUUCUGCGUUUCGAAGUGGUUGCAUACAUUUAAAAACGGACACACAUCAAUUAAAGAUGCAUAUUAGUCUAGUAGAAAACGCUUUAUAGUUACUGGCAAAACAUUCAUUAUGUCACGCCCAUCAUUGACAAAGAUGCAAGCCUUUCACUUACCCAGAUAGCCCAGAAAGAGAUAUCAAACAGGUCAAAUCAUAAUAUUCUAAAGAAGUACUGGAAAUUAAGGCGAAUAACUGACAGGUAGAAAACCCAUAUGCUAACAUCUGACCAGAAAAAGUAGCAAGUUAAAUCCGCUCGUGAAAAACGAGUAGCUGCCCACUAUAAUAUUCUCCAGACUUGGCACGCUGUGACUUUUUUACUCUUUCCUAGACGGACAAAACAACAACAACAACUGCAUCUUGCAAGUCAUAGUUACGUACAAGAGUAGAAAUGGACUUAGGUUGGUCAUUUGUGUUUCUCCAUCUAAAUGUG